AUGCAUUCAUUGGAGAGGGGAGAAAUAUCAUCGAAGGAAGCGGAUAAUUUGAAGAGAAGCAAAAAGAAGUACAAAGGGGGUGAUGCCCCCUUUAGCCAUAAUCAAUCUAUGUCGGUAAGAGAGGAAGAUUGGAUGAAAGAAGGGAUGUCGUUCAAGGAGAUGCUGAUGCGCCACAACGGAGAAUGGAUAAGCGAAGAUGAACAAAAUGCGUCUGAGCAAGAAAAAGAAGAAAUGGAGAAUGAAUCUGAAGAAGCAAUUGAAAAGCAACCUGAGGUAAGUUGGGAAAUGAAUAAAGAUGGAAGAACGAAUUUCAUUCUUUCUGAUGCUUUCAAGAAAAAAGAAUGGAGACCAUGGAAUAAAGCUAUUUAUGUAAAGCUUCUUGGUAAGAAAUUGUCGCUUAUGUUUAUGAAUAAAAAAUUGAAAACAUGUGGGUUAGAGAAGGUCAGGUUCUUGGAUAAGAGGGAUUUGUCUCAUGCUUUAACUGCGGGGCCUUGGGUAAUUUUUUAUCAUUAUCUUGCCAUUCGUUCUUGGGAACUUGAUUUCCACCCGUAUCAGGCAACAAAUGCUAAAAUUAUGGCUUGGGUUCGUUUUUCGGGCUUCCCAAUUGAAUACACCAAUACAAAAUUGUUAAAGAGGAAUGGAAAUUGGCUGGGUAAAUUCAUCAAGGUGGAUGCAGCUACAACGUCUCUAGCUAGGGGUAGAUUUGCGAGAAUGUGUGUUAAACUGGACCUGACCAAGUCGCUUCAGGCAGAAUACAAGAUUGAGGGUAAAAUUAAGCAGGUUGAGUAUGAGGGGCUUCACCUAGUUUGCUACUCAUGUGAGAAGUAUGGGCAUAAAACUGAAGCUUGCCCAAUUAUAGGCCAUCAUAAUCAUGGUUUGAAGCUUUCUGAUGAAAAUCAGAAUGAGAAUGAACUAGAUGGAACUUCUGGUAGAAAUGUUCAAAUUUACCAAGAAUCUGAGACAGGGGAACAUGCUUAG